AUGAAUCCGAUCUCUGUUUCCGCGAAGCUCUCAGAGUCAGCCGAUGCGUGUGAACCUUUUGCAUCAAGUAUUCGCACAUCUCAAACGUCCGAUACUCAACUGGUCGCUUUGGAAACCUUCGCUGGUUACUUGAAAAGCAUCUGCACAUUGAUCCUAGAUUCGAAAGAUACAAACACGAGCGACCUUGAUCGUCUCUUUUCCAAUCGAUUGUCACUCGAAUCUAUUCGGUCAUUCAUUACUGAUCCUCGAUGUCGACUAUUGCUUGUAUCAAAGAAAACUACUGUCCAAGAUACAUUGAUGAACCAGCUGGAAACAAACAGAAAUAAUGAAAACGAUGUCUAUAGACUGUUGAUGGAAGUUCAUUAUAUCAAUCCAGAAAUGAUCUCACUGAUCGUGUUCAAGCGAGGUCAAUUCAUCGAAAGCGGAAAAGAUUAUGCCACGCAAUUGCAGAUUCUCAAUUUAAUCGACUCAAGUCCGUGCCAAACAUUGCACGCCUAUAUUUCACAAAUCAUCGGACCCUAUUUCAAGUCGUAUGUUCGUCAACUGGACAAGAAUGGACAUGUUGAGCAAACGAUCGAACAGAUCAUUCAAAACAAUCUUAUGGAACUCGAAACAAAUUUCAGCCAUCUUGAACAAAACAAUAAAAUGGCAAAGCUAACUGUUGCGAUUCAUUCGAUUAACACACACGUCGGCGAAGAAUGUGACGAAGAAAAUUUAUUCUGUAAUGGCGAUAACGAAUUCGAACACACGGUUGUCUACGAAUUCAUGUUUACAAAUGUGCUUCAGAACGACGACAAAGCAAAUGUUCUUGAUGCGAUGUUUUACUUUGCAGAUCUUUCACUAGCAGAGACGAGACUACCAUUAGUAAAUGUGGUGUACGAUCGUUUGAUCUCACCGCAAAAAGUAUAUCCUGCCUUCAGGCAAUUCAAGAAAGGUUUUCAGACAUACAAUGGACUGGCAGUUUUCGAAGCAUGGUUACAAAGAACGUAUCGUGGACUAGGUCAUGUAAUGAGCAUCACGUAUCCAAUGAACAAUGCCAAGGCGAUUUAUGUAUAA